AUGCUUCAGGAUGACAACUCUGCGAAGCCCUCUGACAGGAUCAGAGAAAGAAAUUCUUCGAAGAACCCUGACAUUUGGAUGGACAGCAAUCUAUGGAUGCGAGGAAAGGCGAAACUUGAUGUGCACGAUUCAGUGUUCCUUGAAAAUUCCCUUCGCUUUCCUCACAAGUCGAAAACGAUUGAAAAUUCUGUUCGCGCUCUUGGCCGUAUAUCAAGACAUCCAAAUCCAAAGAUUCGAUCCGCGGCACUCUUAGGGACUGCAGAUAUGAAACUAGACAGGAAGAACUUUGGGAAUUCAGUUUGUCUCUCGUACAUCAUGCCAAGACUGAACGAUGAAGACGACCUUGUCAAGAUCGCGGCUCUCAAAGCUCUGGAAAGAAUUGGAGACCCUAACACAAAUCAACUGUUCAUGGAAUUGAAGAUCGUAGUAUUGAAAUCGUCAAAUUUACCAAAGAAAGACAAGUUUGGCUCUUGUGAUGCAUAUUGCAGAAUACUGCUACGUAGUGGAGAUAAGGAGAAUGAAUUGGGAAGAACACCAAUCGUUUGGCGAAACUUGAAUCCAAAAUGGAACAUGAGCCUCCAUCAUGAAGUUAAAGACCGUUCUCAAGAUGUGCUUGUCUUCUCGUUGUGGGAUGAGGAUGGCGAAGUGGAUGACUUUGUUGGCGAGUGCUUGCUUCCCUUGAAGUCCAUUCCGUUGGAUGAACAUGAUUUUCAUCCUGCCAUGCAUCCUUUCCGCUUGACGCUGCAUGAGGACAAUGAGGUGGUCAAGGGAUUCAACAGCGUCAGUCAAAAGAACGAUGGGAAGGUUUCGAAACUGUCCGUGGAAGUGGGAUACUCUGAAUUCUUCAAUUCAAGCAUUGUCAAGAUGAAGAUCAUAGACCUGCUACAGUAUGGGAGCCAUCAAGUGAAGUUGGCUGCACUCUCAACGUGUUAUUCUUAUUGGACAGAGGGAGAAGAAAAACUUCUCCGCGUUUUAGCAGAUUUGAUCGAAGAUGAAAGUGAUGAAAUCAGAUUUGCAAGCAUGAAAUUGUUUAUUGAACUGAGCAAAUAUGAUGAUGAAAUGGCUAUCGAAACGAUUUGCAAGAAAUUGACCAGCGACAAUCAGAAAUGCAGGCAUCUUGCACUACACAUAUUGUCGAAUAUCGUGACGCAAGGAUCAGCAACAGCUGUGAAUAUUGUUCUCUCUUUGCUUCGAGAGACUUCGAUGCAGAAGAGGGACCUUGUCUUUGAUGCCAUGACACUGAUAGCAGACCAUUCACUAAUACAGACUCUGAUUGCUCGUGGAAAGGAUGAGUCUGACGUCUCUAGAGCAGACUGCUUGUCUAUGCUUGCUAUAAUCUUGACCAAAGACGACCACUGGUUGCUUGCGGGUAACGCAAAUCCCUUAAGAGACACUUCUGAUCAUCUGGCAGACUUGACAGACUUGAUGAAGGAUGAAGAUCCUGGCUGUCGACGAGCUGCUGUAGAAUGCAUUGCAAAGAUUGCUCUGCUGAACAAAGUUUGCUACCCUGAGGCAACAGCAGAAGCAAGGCGAAUGCUCGAGGAGAAGGAAGGAAUCGAAGCUCACUCAGGGGAUCCGAAUCCGAUCAUCCAAAGCACUAUCCGCAACUCUUUGCAGAAAAUCAGAGUGAAGACGGGUACCUACGUGGAUUAUCAACGAACAGAAGAGGGUCAGUUCUCACAACUCCUUCCUGCCAAGUUGGUGAAACUUUCCGCCUCUCGUGGGAUAGUCAGUGAAGAGGUGCUGGAGAUGCCGCAUGACACGAAGUUUCACAGCUCUCUUCCUUAUCGACCUCCCACUCCCCCUUGGGAUCCCAUUGCACAACAGAAGCAAAGGAUUCAAACGCUCAUCGUUAACAUGCAAAAUGAGCUUGCUGGGCUGGAGCUAGUCAUAAAAGAGUACAAGUCUAUGAAAAGUGAGGGAAGGCUAGGCUUGUCACAAGCAAUGGAAUAUGAGGAGAAACAAAAAGCGAUCGAGAACCUGAAAGAAAGUAUCUCUCGGUAUACCAAAAAUGCAUGCCAUGGUUGUGAAGUGCUGAAUACAAGAUGUCUAGGAAUCAAGAUGAGCUAG